CGCAACUAUGCCUGCCCGAGCUGCCCAGCGAGCUUUUCCAGGAGGCAUGAUCUCAACAGACACUCUCGCAUCCACCUUGCAGUCAAGCCAUUUGGCUGUCCCAACUGUGCCAAGUCCUUCAGCCGCAAAGAUGCUCUCAAGCGGCAUCUCAUGGUCAAAGGCUGC